AUGAAAAUGAUUUUUCGACGCAAAAUGCACUUAUUGCUCUUAUUUCAUUUGCUGAUUCUAGUUAUAUUCCUUUGUUUACAAAAACCCAGAAAACCUGAAUACGGGAGAUAUCUCAACAUGCAAAAUGUGACACUAGUUCCAAACUAUGCUCGGAUACCAGUUUACCAUCGAUCAUGCAUUCGUAUCUUGAACCAGAUAAAGCUACCAGCAACAUUUUUGAUUAUUGAUAUCGAUUUUCUAAAAUUGUUGGAGAAUAACGAUUGUAGAUGGAGUUCCAAGAAUAAGAUAAAGGUUGCUGUGAAUUCGAGACACUUCCAUAUGAAUAUCCGACAUUUAAAACUGGACACCAUUUACUACAAGAACGACCCAGACAAAGAUUAUUUGGAUUUUGAAGCCAAUCCUCGGAGAUUGAUCCCAAAAAAGUUACAAACUCACUGGAUUGGUAGCAUAGAAAUUCCGACAAAUGUUUAACAGUUCUCAGAGUUUUGGAAGCGCUCGAAGUUUGUCGAUUGUUUGAACUUGAAAGUUUCAAGGAAUAUCACUUAUGUUUCCCUUACCACGAGCUGAUUGAGUUCAACAUGUACCCAUUUCUCAACGGCGGAACAUUUCUCGGCUGGUGCCGUGAGUGCUCUGUCAUUCCGCACACCACCGACAUGGAUAUAUCGAUUUUCGCAAACGAGUACAAUCCAGACUAUGUGAAAUUGCUGCAGAGCUACUGGAAUCCGUCUAGUCUUGAAGCUUGGCGAAUGCUUGGAUUGAUUGAUGACUCCCUGGAGAUUACUAUGCGUCCAAAACAAUGGUCCGAGUACCCAAUUGAUUUAUUUUUGAUGUAUGAUGGAAUGGAGAUUGGAACCCUCACACAUCAUUGGGUUGGAGGACUUGGCACUGAUGGUAGGAAAUACAAGUACAACUACCAUAUCUACGAUCCAUGGAGUGCGGCGGAUCUUCAUGGGCAUAUUUUCUGGUUCUCCUGCACUCCUCUUGAGAAAAUUUUGGUAUGUUUUUUGCUGAAAACGUCUUAGUGAAGAGGCUGAGUAUGGAGAGAACUGGAACAAGGAUCACCUGUCAUCCGAAUACAGAUGGAAUUAUUCGCAGAAAAAUGUAAAGAAAAAUGGGAAACUCACAGAGGAAGAGAUGAACACGGUUUAUAGAUCACCUACUGUUGGUGUUCGUGCCGUUCAAAGAGUUUUAAAUACUUUUAUUUCCAAAAUACAUGUUUAA